UUUACAAACUGCUGUUGGGUUCAGGAAGUUGAUGGCAAGCAAGCCGAAGUCAAACAGUAAAAUUGCAACAAAUUCUACCGUGUCGGAUUGUAGCCAGAAACCCCUAUCGGACGCUUUCAUUUUAUCCACAGGACCCAAUUUCGAAACUGAGAGAAAAUCAUACAGGAUUUAGCUAGUGUGCAUGCCUGUGUUUGUGAACACUGAAACAAUCACUGCAUCUGAAACAUGGCUUCCACACAAACCUUACGCCAACACAACCAGAACCAAGCCAGGCGAGAAGACGCGCGAAACGCGAAACCGCUUGUACACGGUGCAACUGCUGUUGGUUCGAAACCCCCCAACACAAGUUACGCCCCCCACACUUCCAAACGAGGGACUGAGAACCAGGAUCCGUCUACUCGGAACGUUAAGGGGACUGCAGCGGUUAAGCACCUGGGCACCAGCAGGCUGCCGGUUCUAGCCCGAUCACAGCCACUCCAGCCUAGAACAGACUUCACUCAAGUGCACGGGAAGUGGGAGCAGAGCUUUCAGAAGGGCAAAGCUCAGAAGAAGAAGCCCUGCACCAAGCCCGUGCCCUUCAGCUUGUCCCAGCCUAAGGCUACCAGGGCGACGACAGUGAGCCAGUAUAAAACACAGCCUACUGACGCUGCAUACGCUAACCCGACCUGCCCAAAUACCAGUCAGCCUCCCCGGCCUAUUAUUAAAUCUAGCAGCACUGCCCCUCCCAUUAAACUGCCAGCUGCCACUCACAAUGCACGUAUUGUCACUGCCCAUCACACCACACUUCCUGCCACUGCCCAUCACACCACACUUCCUGCCACUGCCCCUCAAACCACACUUCCUGUCACUGCCCCUCACACCACACUUCCUGUCACUGCCCCUCACCCUGCACUUUCACAGUUGAACUCCCAGCGGAUGGCGAGUAAUGCUGGAAUUCAGAGCAGGCCUCCAGUGCCUUCACAGGGCGCUCCCUGCAGAGAGGCCUGUGUUGAGCCUACAGGUCCCGGCGGCGAUGUGCAGUUCUCCCCGAACCCUGCGGCUCUGGAGAGUAUUCUGCGGAACAAGGGGGUGAAGUCUCAGGGGCUGAUGGAGGCCACGCCAAAGAGCUCAGUCUGUCCCACGGGCAGGGGGACGUCUGUGUACAUGCCCCAGAGAGUGUCUGUGCUGAGGACUCGACCAAGACCACCGGGGGUCAGUGCAGGGGGCGCCAUGCAGUUCUCCCCGGACCCCGCCGCUCUCAGCAGCAUCCUGCAGAACGAGGGGGUGAAUGCCGACGGGCCCCCGGGGGCCACACUGAGGGGCUCCUUAUGUCCCACAGGCAGGGGAACGUCAGUGUACAUGCCCCAGAGAGUGCCUGUCACAAAAGGUCACGGCGAAGCAGCCGGAGUCGGUACAGGCGCGAGGCCCAGCCAGACUCCGGGAGUGAAGGGGACACCCCUGCGCAUCCCUAACACCAGGCCCCAGUCUGCGAUGCGGCACUUCUCCUCCCAUCGCACCCCGCUCCACAGGGGCUCCCCCGCUCUCAGGGGCCUGCUGGGGUUCGGGAAGGAGCUGGGGCCCCGCAAGGAGGAACCGGUGGUGCAGAAACUGUUUGAGGCGGAGCAAGAGGAGGAGGAGUCGAAGGCGGACCUUGAAGAGGAGAACGUGUCAGGCGGGCAGAAAAGCCAGCCUAAAGAAAGCGUGGAAGGGGGGAGCAGGGGAUUGGUGAAGGACGACAAUGGGCGUGCCCAGCCGUUCAUUCCGCCCCCCCACAGGGAGUCCGUCAUCGUCUUCUCGGCUAAGAAGGUCGUCACGGCGAUGAGCGCCCAGCAAAGCCACCCGGACCCCGACAGCUUCCCAUCGCUCCGCCCCCUCCCCACGCCCACAGCCCUCCCACCGCUCCUCCCCUCUCUGAGCGGGGCCGGAGGCGGUGCCAUCCAUUGGGUCCCUCGGCUGUGCUCCAGUGGGCUCUCAGUUCGCCAGCGCCCCCGUCCCCUGGAGGAGUGCCUGCUGGACGAAGAGUGCGCCAUGUUCAGCUCGCGUCCCUCCACGGCGGCCACUGCCCACCCUCGCUGCACCAACCCGGUCGCUUCAGUGUUACUGCUGCAGAACUCUAUGUGUUUUGUGCCAAUCGACCUGCCCCCACUGUCGACAACGCAGGAAUCCCAGCUGAUCUGCUGCCCUGUUAUGAUGUCUCAGACAUGACCUAUGACCUGUGACCUACAGUCAGGGAAGCUAGGAACUCUAAACCGAUAACAGUCCUUGUUGAGGUGAUAAUGGUUGUUGUGAUUAUUAAGGAUAACUCUUAAACAGGUUAUUUUUUCUUUUUAUUAAGCUCAAAUUAAUUGUGGUGGCCUUACCUUUUUAGUUUUUCAUACUGUCAUUUCUAAUUUUUAACAAGAGAUCAGGUUACAUCAAAUCCAUUUGAUCACAGAUACAUAUCAGGUAACAUAAGGUUUUUAGGAUGAUACCAAGUGAUUUUGUGCUUUUUCUGAAAGCGAUAAAAGUGAUCUAAGAUGAAGUGCACUUUGGUAAAGAAUCACCGCAGGUAAUGCAACCCUGUCAAAAAGGAGUCUGCUAUUGGAUGACCCGAAAUGAGACCCUCUGAUAACCGUUCUGAACGAGCUGGCGUGGGUUAUGUGCGUGUAUUGGGUGACGCUGCUUCCUCGGCCUGCGGGAGUGAAGGGUUUUCACCGUUCAGAACGGGGUUCGGUCGGUAACACUAACGUCAGCUUCCAUAGGACAUCAGGUCAUUCAGCCCGCAGAGCAGCCUGCUGAUCCUCCAGUAAAGAUUGGGUAGUUUUUCAUGGGAUACCAUAAGGGAUAUGGAGUUAUUUUUUCUUUUUCUUUUUUGCAUGUUGCUUUAAAAUGCAUAAUAUUUUUAAGACCUUUUUUUCUGCCUAUCAGCUUGUCAGCUGGCAUAUCAUGCCUAGAAUAGUUUUUCUUUGCCCAGUAUCCCUUUCUCCAACUAACAUUUUACAGUUUAGUGCACAGUUUAGAGUAUGCUUCGCUCCCUUCAGAUUUACACAACGUCGUAGUCUGAAUCUUCAGUUGAUCUCGAGCUAUCCUCACCAGUUUGGUUUAUGACGAGUGGUGAUCAGUAGUUUUGUACGGAUGUCUUCAUUUAUGAACUGGCAGCCAUUUUGAGCAUGAACAUCUCACUAAUUCCCUUUGUUGUAAUCACUACCAGUUCUUUCUUGUAUUGAUUUAAUGAGAAUAUGCAUCAGUGUUACUAUGCUCUGCAUCAGUGUGUGGCUGUUCUGCAGUGCGCAUGUGUGUACUUCUACAGUGUCUGUGUGUGACUGUUCUGCAGUAUGUAAGUGUGACUGUUCUGCAGUGCAUAAGUGUUACUGUUCUGCAGUGCGCAUGUGUGUGAUUGCUCUGCUGUGUGCCUGUGGGCGACUUCCAGUGUCAGUGCAACUUCUACAGUGUCAGUUCUGCAGCGUGUAAGUGUGACUGUUCUGCAGUGCAUAAGUGUACAACUUCUACAGUGUCAGUGGGUGACUGCUGUUCUGCAGUAGGUGUGUGACUUCUAGUGUCAGUGUGUGACCGUUCUGCGGUGCGUCAGUGUGUGACUUGUGCGGUGCGUCAGUGUGUGACUCUUCUUUCUUGUAUUGAUUUAAUGAGAAUAUGCAUCAGUGUUACUAUGCUCUGCAGUGCGUCAGUGUGAGGCUGUUCUGCAGUGCGCAUGUGUGUGACUGUUCUGCGGUGCGUCAGUGUGUGACUGUUCUGCAGUGCGCAUGUGUGUGACUGUUCUGCAGUGCGCGUGUGUGUGACUGUUCUGCGGUGCGUCAGUGUGUGACCAUUCUGCGGUGCGUCAGUGUGUGACCAUUCUGCGGUGCGUCAGUUUGUGACUGUUCUGCAGUGCGUCAGUGUGUGACUGUUCUGCGGUGCGUCAGUGUGUGACUGUUCUGCGGUGCGUCAGUUUGUGACUGUUCUGCAGUGCGUCAGUGUGUGACUGUUCUGCGGUGCGUCAGUGUGUGACCGUUCUGCGGUGCGUCAGUGUGUGACCGUUCUGCGGUGCGUCAGUGUGUGACUGUUCUGCGGUGCGUCAGUUUGUGACUGUUCUGCAGUGCGUCUGUGUGUGACUGUUCUGCGGUGCGUCAGUGUGUGACUGUUCUGCGGUGCGUCUGUGUGUGACUGUUCUGCUGCAGUGCUUGACUGCUCUUGCAGUGUAAUAGUAAAUUAUCUUUCAUGUCUUUGUGUCAAACUCGGGCUGAACAGCAGAACCAUGUGCGUCUGUCGUCAUUUUUUAUGUUCUUGACCUCAACAUUGUUCAUUGUGUAAAGAAAUGCCAGCGGGCACAAUUAUGUCAUGUAUAGUUCUUAUAAUAAAUAAUUUAUUUGAAA